AUGCCCGCCGUGGUGGGUGCAGCCACUGCUUCAUCACCGCACUCCAAAUCCUCGUUUCUCUCCGCAAACCACCCGCUCAACCUUCGUAAACAGGCACAACCCAAACUCGACUCGAGCUUCAGCAUCAAAACCUACAUUGGUGCAGCAAAUGCCUUGCUCGAUAAGGCAAGAGCUGCAGAUGCACAAGAUCAGAUUGAAGUUGCUUUCGUCAAUUACCUUAAAGCUGCCAAUGUUGCUGCGUUCAUAGCGAAGCACGAUGAUUGGCCAAGGAUCUCGAAAGCACGCGGCUCGGUCUAUGCAGCCUACAACGAGCUCAUGAAGCAAGCGCCCGCCUUCAUCGAGCGAACAAAACGUCUCGAGUCUCAACUCGCCAUUCGAGAAGAGCGCAACGCAAAAGCCAAUGCGGAAGCAGCUGCAGAGCAGGCUCGCAAUGCGCUUCUUCAACGACAAGCGCAACCACCAGGCGAUUCCGCACUGCGCAGCGAAGCUCCCGCCAACUCCAACACCGCCACAACUGCCACCGACUCGGACGACGACCAUUCCGCUCAUGGCACAGAUGCUGAGCCCGUCGACCACCAUGCCACCGGUAGACGUACGGGCAGCUCCCUCGCGGAUCGUCUUCAGGCUCUCCGCAACUCGGCUGCGAGCGAUCCCGCAGAACUCCGCACUCGUGCCCGUUCCGACAGUGCCGGUUCCGCACCCGGUCUGCCAAGGUCUGGCGAUCUCGCUUCUCAUCUCGAAUCGCUUGCCGAGGACCAUACUGCCUUCUCCACUGACGACCUCAACCAAGCCUUGCCUGACGCAUCUUCUUCCAGCCAACCCAGCUUUCCCAACGUUCCAACCGCUUCCGAGUUCAACUCUUCCUACCCCACCAUCGACCAAUUCGAGAGCAGCAACUCCCAACAGCAUGCUUCCAACGGCGCUAGUGAUGCUUCCGGCUUCCCCACGUUACCCACCCACCCUGUUGGCAAGAUCAAGCGUCCACUCCCUGCACCACCCGCCGCCACUUCUACUGACGUAGCCCGCGAGUUUGCCCUCGCACGCGAUGUCCCCGAUCCAUUCGAUUCGUCGGCGAAGCCUGCACCCCAGCGUCAAAUAGACGGCUUGCCCAACCAGGAACCUCGCCGUUUCAGCCUACAGCAGCACAACUCGCGCCACUCGAGCAGCUCAGCAGUGCACACCUUGCAGCAACACGCCUCGGCAGCCAUACGCAGUUCGGCGUCCUCAGCCGGUGCUACCUUGAAUACCGCUGCUCCAACAGAACCACGUUCACUCAUGGUCGGCUCCAAGCCCUCUCUGCCCUUCAAGAACCACAUCUCGGUUGAAGAGCUCUUUGGUUUCCUCAACCCAGGCUUCGAAGAAUUCACUGACGGCCAGGGCAAUCGCAAGAUUGGCAAAAAGAUGGGCCUUGACGUCCUAUUGCUCGACGUCCGCAGCCGGGCCGAGUUUGAGGCUGGCCGCAUCCUUGGCGGCAAGACCGUCUGCAUCGAGCCCAUCACUCUUCGCGAAGGCAUGAGCUCCGCCGAUAUUGAGGAUAAGCUUGUCCUCUCGCCUCCCGAGGAGCAGUCGGCUUUCGCAUCGCGCAACCGUUUUGAUCUGGUGGUGCUCUACGAUCGCAACCUUCGCUCUCUCCGUAGCAGCCCGUCGGCCGACAAGAUCCCGCAAGAUCCCGCAGCCCAGGCUCGGAUGGACAUUCUCAUCCGCGCCAUCUACGAGAACGAGUUUACAAAGACCUUGUCGCAUCAGCCCGUCUUGCUCGUUGGUGGCUUCGAGAGGUGGGCUCAAAAGGCCGGAGACAAGCUGGUGCUGCGCAGCUCCAGCUCGACAAAUGGCAACGCACCCGCAUCGAGAAGCAGCAUCUCGUUCGAGCCGGGCACACGCUUUCCUACUGCCGAUGAUCCGAGCACACGUGCAGCCACGGCAGAACAAGCACGAGAGCAGGAGCUCAAGCGCGCUAGGCGACAGCAGCAAGUGUUUGCCGACGGUGCGGGCGCGCCAUCACCCUAUCGGCCACCCUCUGCGCCGACAUCGCCAUCAGCACCUUCUAGGGCAAGCGGCAUGCACCCUGGCGGCAUCUACCCUAGUCGAGCCACCACCAACGGCACCAGCUCUCCUUUUGCCGCAGCAUCUAUGGAUGGCAGCGGCUACAUGGCCCCGUCGCUCCCGGCACGUGCAUAUCAAGGUGCACCCUCGUUCCCCCCAGCCGCAGCCCAUCGUCCACCGUCUCGCUCCAACUCGUCCACCACCUUUGACUAUCCGCAGCUCAAGCCCAACUCGGUAUCAUCUGGCGCUGUCUCGCCGUACGGCUUGGCGGCAGCCCCUCAGCCACCGCCCAUGGCUGCAUCCACCGCAUCGCCUUCGGCAGCUACGAUGAAUCCACGCGAUCGCUCCCAUUCCGCAUCUACUCCCGCGCCGCUCGUCCCCGGCACUGGCUCGGCGGGCGGCAACGAUCCUUCCAAGAAGCAGGUCAUCGCGCCUGGCUAUGCGGGGCAUUUGAGCACGCAUUCGUCGCGCAUGUACGCCAGCCCUACCAAUGGACGAAGCGCCGACGAAAUCAAGAUCGGCCUUACGGGGCUCAAGAAUCUCGGCAACUCUUGCUACAUGAACUCAACCUUGCAGUGUCUCUCUGCUACAAUUCCUCUGGCGAGGUUCUUGCUCGACGGAUCGUACAAGCAGGCCAUCAACCGCACCAAUCCGUUAGGCACGCAAGGGCAGCUGGCGACCGCCCUGGCUGGACUGAUGCAUGUCAUGUGGGGGGAGAAGUACGCAUUUGUGUCUCCUGUCACGUUCCGCGAAGCCAUGGCUAGGUUUGCGCCUAGUUUCAGAGGGUACGACCAGCACGAUUCGCAAGAAUUCCUAGCAAUCUUGCUGGAUGGACUGCACGAGGAUCUCAACUACGUCGUCACGCGGCCUGCAGCAGUGGAGAUGACGCCGGAGAGGGAGAACGAGCUCGAGACGCUUCCGCAGCAGAUUGCGAGUGUCAAAGAGUGGUCGAUUUACCGCAUGCGCAACGACAGCUUGAUCGUCGACUGGUUCCAAGGGCAGUUCCGCAACAAGUUGACGUGCUUGACAUGUGGCAAAACGAGCACCACGUACGAAGCCUUUACUUAUCUCUCGUUGCCGGUGCCGCACGGGCGCGGGGUGGGCAAGGUGACGCUGCAGCAAUGUCUGGACGCGUUCGUGCGCGAAGAGGUACUCGACAAGGGGGAUAUGUGGAAUUGCCCUAGGUGCAAGAAACCGCGCAAAGCCACCAAGCGUUUGUCGAUUUCGCGUCUGCCUCAGAUCCUGCUGAUUCAUCUGAAGAGGUUUAGCUUCAAGGGACCGUUCACGGACAAGAUCGACACGAUGGUGACGUUCCCCACGGCUACAGCGCUGGAUCUGACGAAUUACAUGCCUCCGCCUCUGCCACCGGGAACGGUCAAGGCAGCCAGUGUGCCCGUCAGCCAGAGCCAGAUCCCGCCGUAUCUGUACGAUCUGUACGCGGUGACGCAUCAUUUUGGUAGUCUCAACACAGGCCACUACACGGCAACGGUCAGGAGCAAUAGGGAGUGGUGGUACUGCGACGACAGCAGGAUUGCCAGAGGCGACGAUAGACAGUUGCAUACCAAUUCGCCGUAUGUGCUGUGGUUCAGGAGGAGGCCUAAUUAG